GUGGAUCUAAAAGUUUGGUCGGUUUUAACGAUUUUAACUAUUCAAAAUGCUGUUUUUUGGUUUUGGCCAAAAUUCUAGCGCUACAAAACAAACUGUUGAUCAACAAAAGGUUUCUGCUGCUAAGAAUGAAUUGGAUAUGGUGACUGAUUUAUUUACAAGAUUAGUUGAUGUAUGUCAUCAAAAAUGUAUUCCUUCUAUUUAUACAGAUGGUGAAUUAAAUAAGGGCGAAUCUGUUUGUAUUGAUCGAUGCGUUUAUAAGUUUUUUGAAGUUAAUACAAAGAUUAGUGAACAUAUGCAGACUUUAAGUCAGCAUGCAAACCCUUCUAUGAGACAUGCUUUUACUAAAUAAUUUCCAUAAUAUAGCUUAAAUAAAAACUAAUCAUUUAUAUAAAG